CCCUGAACGUCACACCGGACACGGACACUCCGACAACAUGACUGAACUGAACGGACCGAACACUGACGGCCGAACCGAACCGGAUCAACUCAUCUUCUUUGUUAACGGGAAAAAGAUUGUUGAAAGUCAUGCAGAUCCAGAAGUGACCUUACUGACAUAUCUGAGGAGAAAAUUGGGUCUGACAGGAACCAAACUGGGCUGUGCAGAAGGCGGUUGCGGUGCCUGCACCGUCAUGGUGUCCAGAUACCGGAGCGACACGGAUCAGCUGACUCAUUACGCCGCCAACGCCUGUCUCACUCCCCUCUGCUCCCUCCACCUGGUUGCCGUGACGACUGUGGAGGGCAUCGGCAGCGUGGCACGAAAACUACAUCCGGUGCAGGAGCGUAUAGCGAAGGCUCACGGCUCUCAGUGCGGGUUCUGCACGCCAGGUAUCGUCAUGUCCAUGUAUGCUUUGCUACGCAAUAACCCUACCCCCAAAAUGGCCGACGUGGAGGUCGCCUUCCAAGGAAAUCUGUGUCGUUGUACUGGAUACAGGCCGAUCCUCGAAGGAUACAAAACUUUCACUGUUGAUGGUGGUUGUUGUGGUGGCAGAGGGCUGGAAAAUGGUUGCUGUCUGACCAAUGGGAGCACAGCAGAUGACAUCUCGGAGGACAACAAUGAUGAAGCCACACCCCUGUUUGACCCAGCAGAUUUUGCUCCAUUUGACCCCACGCAGGAGGUCAUCUUCCCACCUGAGCUCAUGUCUCUCGUGAAAGGUCAGAGGUCAAGGUCGCUGUGCUUCCGUGGUGACAGGACAGUGUGGCUGCAACCAGACAGCCUGGAUGAGUUUCUUCAUCUGAAGUGGAAGCAUCCUGACGCCCGGAUCGUGGUGGGAAACACUGAAGUGGGCAUUGAAGUGAAAUUUAAGAAUAUGUUGUACCCGGUUAUCCUCACUCCAACCUUCAUCCCUGAACUCAGCAUCGUACAACACACUGAAGACGGCAUCGUGUUUGGUGCAGCGUGCACUCUUAGCCACCUGGGAGCAGUGCUGAGAGAAGCCGUUGCGACGCUUCCAUCUCACCAGACUGAAUUUUUCCUCGCCAUCCUCGAACAGCUGCGCUGGUUUGCUGGACAGCAGAUACGUAAUGUAGCGGCUGUUGGUGGGAACAUCAUGACAGCUAGUCCCAUAUCGGACCUCAAUCCUGUUUUUAUGGUGGCUGGCUGUAAACUCACGUUGAUGGAUAAAGACAGCAGUCGUGUUGUCAUUAUGGACAACACUUUUUUCACAGGGUACAGGAAAACUGUUGUGCGACCGCAGGAGAUCCUUUUUUCCAUUGAGAUUCCAUACAGCAAAAAGGCUCAGUUUGUCUCCGCCUUCAAACAGUCGCCCCGCCGUGAAGAUGACAUCAGCAUCGUCACGGCAGCCAUGAGUGUCAGCUUCCAUCCAGGAACAAACACAGUGGAGGACCUGAAAAUGAGCUACGGUGGUAUGGCGGCGACCACUGUGAUGGCAACAAGGACCGCGGACGCUCUGCUGGGAAGGAGGUGGGAUGAGGAGCUUCUUCAGCAAGCUUGCUCAUCAUUGGCUGAGGAAAUGACUCUUGACCCCUCUGCACCUGGCGGCAUGGUGACAUAUCGGCGAACUUUGACCUUGAGCUUCUUCUACAAGUUUUACUUGACAGUGCUACAGAAGCUGAGGGAACAGGGUGUAGACGUGGAAGACGUCCCGUCUGACUGUCUCACUGCCACUGACAUUUACCAACCAGAGACGCCAACCAGCGUUCAGAUUUACCAGGAGGUGCCUGAGGGUCAGAACCAGGACGACGUGGUGGGCCGUCCCAUAAUGCACCUGUCAGCUCUGAAGCAGGCGACGGGUGAAGCGGCAUUCUGUGACGACACGCCGCUGUACGAGAACGAGCUCUACCUGGCGCUCGUUACCAGCACCAAGGCGAACGCUCGCAUUCUCUCCAUUGACACCUCAGUGGCGGAGUCCAUGCCCGGCGUCAGGUGUUGCUUGUUCGCUGGCGACGUCCCGGGCAGCAACCAUACUGGACCCGUUGUUGAUGACGAGACCGUUUUCGCCGACAGUGAGGUGACGUGUGUGGGUCACAUCAUCAGCGCUGUGGUAGCCGACACUCAGUCUCACGCCCAAAGAGCUGCUAAAGCUGUCAAGAUCCAGUAUGAGGAGCUGAAGCCCAUCAUCACGAUCCAGGAAGCCAUCACUGCCCAGUCCUUCUAUCAGCCAAUCAGAACCAUCCAGCGGGGCAAUCUGGAGGCGGGGUUUAAGGAAGCUGACCACAUCAUAGAAGGUGAGAUACACCUGGGAGGUCAGGAACACUUCUACCUGGAGACAAAUGUGACAUUGGCUGUCCCCAAAGAAGAUGGAGAAAUAGAGCUCUUUGUUUCUACUCAGUCUGCUUCCAAAACACAGUUUCUAGUGGCGAAGGCGCUGGGUGUGCCGGCUAACAGGGUGGUGGUGAGAGUGAAGAGGAUGGGUGGAGGGUUUGGAGGGAAGGAGAGCCGUUCCAUGAUCCUGUCCACUGUGGUUGCUGUGGCUGCAAAUAAGUUGAAGUGUCCUGUCAGGUGCAUGCUGGACAGAGACAAGGACAUGCUAAUCACUGGAGGACGACACCCCUUCUAUGGAAAAUACAAGGUGGGUUUUCUAAAUAGCGGGAAGGUUGUGGCUCUUGAUGUGAGGUACUACAGUAACGCUGGACACUCCAUGGACCUCUCCAUGGCAGUCAUGGAACGUGCUCUGUUGCACAUGGAUAACACUUACCAUCUGGCAAACGUGCGUGGGCGUGGCUUCGUGUGCCGCACCAACUUGCCAUCCAACACCGCCUUCAGGGGCUUUGGAGGGCCGCAGAGCAUGUUUGUCUGUGAGAACUGGAUAACCGACAUGGCCCACAGUCUGGGCAAGUCGGCUGAGGAGGUGCGCCGGUUGAAUAUGUAUGUGGAAGGUGAUGUGACACCCUUCAACCAGGUCCUGGAUCAAGUCAGCCUGGAUCGCUUGUGGGACGAGUGUCUCUCCCACUCUGGGUACCAGCAGCGGCGAGCCGCCAUUGAGCUCUACAACAGACAGAACCACUGGACCAAAAGAGGCCUCGCCAUCGUUUCUACCAAAUUUGGCAUCAGCUUCUCGGUUACCUGCUUCAACCAGGCCGGUGCUCUGGUUCAUGUAUACACAGACGGCUCAGUUCUCUUGACUCAUGGAGGGACAGAGAUGGGACAAGGACUCCACACAAAGAUGGUCCAGAUUGCCAGCAGGGUUCUUGGGGUCUCCUGUUCAAAGAUCUACAUCUCAGAAAUGAGCACCAACACGGUUCCUAACAGCAGUUCCACCGCCGCCUCCACCUCCUCAGACCUCAAUGGAGCCGCAGUCCAGAAUGCGUGUGAGAUCCUGGUCAAACGUCUGGAACCUUACAAGACCAAGAAUCCCAAAGGUUCAUGGGAAGACUGGGUUACAGCAGCGUAUUUUGACAGAGUCAGUCUCAGCGCUAGUGGAUUUUAUAAGACUCCAGAUAUUGGUUAUGACUUUGAAACAAACUCAGGCCGACCAUUUCACUACUUCACGUACGGAGUGGCCUGUUCCGAGGUGGAGAUCGACUGUCUGACCGGAGCUCACAAGAAUCUGAGCACCACCAUAGUGAUGGACGUCGGGAACAGCCUCAAUCCAGCUAUUGACGUCGGGCAGGUUGAAGGGGCCUUCAUGCAGGGCCUGGGUCUCUUCACGCUGGAGGAGCUCCAUUAUUCGCCAGCGGGCGUGCUCCUCACUCGGGGCCCCGGCUCCUAUAAGAUCCCAGCCUUUGGGGACAUUCCGAGCCGCCUGACUGUGUCCCUUCUGCGUGACGCGCCCAACGAUAAGGCCAUCUUCGCCUCCAAGGCUGUGGGCGAGCCUCCUCUCUUCCUGGCGUCUUCUGUGUUCUUUGCCAUUAAAGAUGCCAUCCUCGCUGCCCGGGCGGAGUCGGGUCUCAGAGGUCCAUUCAGACUCGAUAGCCCCGCCUCUGCAGAGAGGAUCCGAAACGCCUGCAGUGACCGCUUCACCGAACUGUGUCCUCCUGCAGAACCCGACACCUUCACACCCUGGGCGGUACGAGUCUAAGACUCUCAACCAACAAAAAGAACAAGCGAGUGAUCAACCCCAGAGAUUCACGACAACAAGACACGAAGAAAUAAGAAAGAGCUGACAUCAGUCUGAGAAUCUGAUCACAAACUGAUCAUUACACACCAUUAGAAAUUAAAACUGAGUGCUGUGCCAUUUAUGACCAUAACUUAUGUAAAUAUGAGCUUGCAGACGAGCUGAUCUUAGCGAAGUCUUCUUGUACAUGUGAAAGACGUGCUAACACUAACAGUGAAAGCUACUUAAGAACAAAAUCACACACAUGCAGUAUUCUAGCACUUAAAAGAUGAUUUAUUUACUCACCUGCUUUGGGAGGUGACAACUGUUGGAUUAUGUUUUCUUAAAAUAUGUUGAUGCUAGUGUUAAUUAACUUAAGAUCAUUAGCAUUGCUGUAGCUGUGUGCACUUAAUUUAUGCAUUUAUAAUAUUGCAACAAAAGACAUGAGCAGGUUAAACAUGAGCAUAGUUACUAAUAAUCGAAACCUUUAUUACAGUGGCCAAUAGAGGCCACAACACUUAGAAAUUAACACUAGCAAGUCCACAAAACACACAAAAAAAAAACCUGCAUAAAUUGUAUAACAUAAAAAAGAAUCUUGGAAAUUAAGAAGAAAUAUGCAGAGAACAAACACCAAUAU